AUGGAUAAUAUAUCCUAUUAUACAAUAUUCUCUCUCGCAAAACCCAAAGUGUCAGUGCCUGCUAAACAUAUUUAUAUUGCUUUAUCCCUUAUUCUCUACCUGAUGAUCAUCAUAUUCAAUUUGAUACUAAUAUUUACUAUCAUCCUAGAAAAAACUCUCCACGAACCCAUGUAUAUCUUCCUGUUAAAUCUAUGUGUUAAUGGACUGUAUGGAACAUCUGGAUUCUACCCUAAAUUCCUAUUUGAUUUACUUUCUGAUUCAUUUGAGAUUUCAUACAGUUUAUGCUUUGUACAAGGUUUUGUGAUUCACUCCUCCGCUUUGUGUGAACUUGCAACAUUAACAGUUAUGGCUUAUGACAGGUAUAUUGCAAUAUGCAGGCCUUUGAACUAUCAUUCCAUUAUGACACAUACCCUUAUUGUAAAAUUGCUUCUGUUUUCCUGGCUUUUCCCUGCCUUUUCUUAUGGUGGAGCACUACUGUUGACAAACAGUAUGCCGUUAUGUAGAUCCCAAAUUGAUAAACUUUAUUGUGAUAAUUUGGGUAUAAUGAAGCUGUCAUGUAAAUCCAGAACCAGUCAUAAUAGUUAUGGACUUGUUAUUUCCUUCAUUUUUUUAUUGAUGGUAGGUUUCAUAAUUUAUUCCUAUAUCAUAUUGAUUUAUAGUUGUGUACAGUGCACAGAUAGUAAAAACAAAUUUAUGCAAACCUGUGUGCCACAUUUGCUUUCCUUAAUUAAUUUUACAUUUGCUUUACUUUUUGACACAAUGUACAGUCGAUAUGGAUCAAUAGACUUCUCACAGGGUCUAUAUAACUUCCUAACCAUAGAAUUUCUGGUACUCCCACCUAUUUUCAAUCCUUUUAUUUAUGGCUUAAAAUUGACUGAGGUUCGUAAAAGAGCCCUGAGAAUGUUUAUAAAUGUGAAAGUAACUAACCUGUGUAAAGGGGAGUAA